UUGGUAACGACACAUGUGCACAUCAAAAGCGAUGUGACGCAGGCAUAUUGCAGGCCAGCUUUAAGAUUAAAACUAUUGAGUUUACCAACGUAUUUGAUUGAUUUAUGCAUGCAAGAAGGGGAUAUUCUUCAAGGUAUAUAUUUAAGUUUUACAAGUGGACCACAGAAGAGAGAGGCCCAACAGGAUGGCCAGUGUGCUCUGUAGUAGAGCCAGGCUGGUGACAUACCUGCCAGGGCUUCACGUACUUGUCCGGCGGAUCGCUGGACCCAACCAGAGAACAUUCUCUGGUGCUGGAUCCUCUGGCUCUGAUGAGCCUCGAUUAGCCAUCACACCCCCUGACCUUGGUCACAGGACAGUGUGGCCUGAUGAGAACAUGGGUCCGUUCGGGCCUCAAGACCAGCGCUUCCAGCUGCCAGGUAACGCAGGCUUCGACAGCCACCUGGAGGGCACAGCAGAACAGAAGAUUAAAGGACCAGUCCACCAGACAGUCCCCGAUGUGCUGUCCAGCAGCGAGAGGUAUGAGUUCCUCCUGGCUCAUGUUGUCGGAGAGUUCCAAGGGAAAGAGGCCACUCCCCCAGAACAAAAGGUCAACAGAACAGAACAGUACUUUGAGAACUCCAAUGUGGAGUGUGCCAUACAGCCCUGCCCUGAGCUGCUGAAGAAAGAGUUUGCGUCAAUGUUCCCUGAGGCCCCUAACAACAUCAUGACGGUUGUCACAGUGACCCAGAAGACGCAGAAUGACAUGACAGCGUGGUGUGAGGCAGUGGACAAAGAGAGGGAGUUGAUGCUAGAUGAAUUUGUUGCUGGUGCCAAAGACAUCUGUUAUGCCCUGAGGACAGAAGGCUUCUGGGCUGACUUCAUCGACCCAUCGUCAGGCAUGGCGUUCUUUGGGUCGUACACCAACAACACACUGUUUGAGACCGACGAGCGGUACUGUAACCUGGGCUUCAGCAUCGAGGACCUGGGCUGCUGCAAAGUCAUCCGCCACACCUUGUGGGGAACACAUGUUUUUGUGGGGACAGUUUUCACCAACGCACCUCCCGAUAGCCAUAUCAUGAAGAAGCUGCAAGGGAACUUAACCUGAAUGAUGGGAGAGUGUCUGGUAUGUGGUUGCUAUUAUACCUUUAUGUGUCAUGGCUCUACACAGGCCUCAACUACUGUUUGGAGAGCUGUUUGUUGUUCACAUUUCUAUAGAAACCCUCAAAAUAGUACUAUGGUGAAAUACCCAUGGUCCCUGAGGGCUUUACCAUUAGAGUAUAUGUAUUUUUUAGUGUCUAUGUGCCAGACAGUGUUUUUUUCCCCUUCAGUGUAUUGUGGUUGAAGGCCUGAUUUUGAAAAGGGUCUCUCUUGCAAAAUAGAUUUUUAUCUCAGAGACUUAACUGUAGAAAUAAAGGUUAUAUUGAAUGUGAAAUAGAAAUUGGUUAAAGGUGGAUUGACUCUGUCCAGUUAGUUGAGUUUCACAGUAGAAUAAGUCAUGUAGUUAGAUAUAAAGACAACAUGGGGGACCUGCCGCUACACAUGACUUGGGUUGAUCACCCGCCAUUUUUAUCAGAAGAUAAGGGUUUACAUGAGAUGAAUCUCAAGAGCUCUUAUUUGAUCCUGUUACCUUUAGAAUAGAGACCUCAUGUCUUGUUCACAGGUCCUGAGAUCCAGUUCACCCUCAAAUCCUUGAAUAUUGUGCUCGUGACAGUAAUCAAUGCACUUGGGUCUAAAAGAGACAGGUAUUGUCUCUCUCUACAAAAUGAACUGUUUUAGAAAUGGGUCUGUGAUUCUUGUGGCUGCUUUAAUCCAGAAGUCCACAUGUGAAAUGCAAUAAACCAAAUAAUCUUGUCA